AUGUCAUCGUCACCAACAACAACCUCAGAGAAGAAACCUCUGUAUGAAGCAAGCACCCAGUUUAAAAACUGGAGAUUUUCAGCAGAGCAACUCACUCACAUCCGCAAUUCUUUGAACCAAGCGGCAGUCGCCGUCAUCCGAAAUACCUUCGAGGCCGAUGAGCCAGGAUCCUCCACAAAUGUAUCUUUUUUGACCCCUGACGAAGAACACUUGUUGGUCAAACUCUAUAUCACCAAGGUCACACAACUCUGCGGCUUUUUCAGAUUUCCAGAGGAAGUUGAGGCAACUGCUGUGAGUUAUCUGAAGCGCUUUUACCUCAAAAAUACGGUAAUGGAUUGGCACCCGAAAAAUGUAAUGCAAGUCCGCUUUUCAUCGCUUACCACUCUUUUUCUUGCGACCAAAACCACCAACAACCCAAUAUCUCUUGAGACGUACACAACACACAUUCCCAAAACAGAGCCUUCGGACGUCCUGGACUUGGAAUUUCUGGUGGCGCAAAGUUUGGGUUUUGAGUUUGCUGUAUGGCACGCGCAUCGCGCCUUAUGGGGUAUCUGGCUGGACAUACAGAACUUACCCGAUUCUCCAGCCAAUCCUCCCUCUGAAGUGUAUGACGCGGCACUAAAUUACGUCCGAGCGUCCCGUUUAACCGAUGCAGAACUCAUAUACACACCCUCUCAAAUCGCUCUCGCGGCAUUCUCUCUUGCUGCCCCUGUUAUUUCUAUUGCUUGGUUGAAAAACAAGGCGCCCUCAGAAUCAUCUGCUCUAGAUAGCCUUCUAGAGGACAUCAAAUCGCUCAUCACCUCCCACGGACGGAACCCCAAUGUAGAUGCUGUGCGAGACGUCGAUCGACGCCUAAAAUUAUGCAAAAACCCCGAAAAAGUGGUGGGCAGCAAAGCAUACUGCAUGAAGAAAGCUGAAGACGAGAAGAAGGCGGAAGAGAGACGUAGCAAAAAAGCAAUUGAAAUACAGAACGCACUGGCAAACGGCGAUCCCUUUGGGAACGAACUCACAAAACCUCGGGUGGGUUUGGUGGACUACGACGAUGACGAUGAUUGA